AUGGCUCAUCUUCCACCCUCAACUGCCAUCUUCUCACCCUCGAUAGCCCGCAUCGCCGCCUCCACCGCCAAAGACUGGAGCUAUGUUGAUAGCUGGCUCGCUUCAAAAUACCAGGGCCGGUCCGUCCCGUCUUUCGAGCGCAGUCCUGAGACUCUCAAAGCCCUCCUCGCCCUGGCCAACACCAACGAAGCCGCAGAUGAAGAGCGUGAACUAGUCGCUCGAGCCGAGGCCGCCGCCCUCCAGGAGCUCAGCAUCGCCCAAGACCGCCCCGAAACCCAAUCAGAUCUCCCGACUUCGGCCACGGUCCGGGAGAGGAUUCUCGGCACCGUACAGGAUCACCUCACCCGUGAAGGACGCACCGCGCUGAAUUCGCUGGCCACCUUGUCAUGCCAACUCUCCGUAGCCCACCCGGAUGCUGAGAGUAUUGGCCGUUCCAUGAUUGCUCUGCAUGCCGAGGCCUCAGAGCUAGAACAGAUGCGCGUUCGGGUGCACAUUCUUCAAAGCCACAUCGAGCGGGAGGCUGCCAUGGCUCGCGAGAUGCUGCGCACCUUGAAAAGUGACGACUACAAACCCGUCGCUGACUUGGCCCGGCAGAAUUUGGACAUGCAGAGGAGGAUUAAAGCGAUGGCCGCGCGCAUCCCCGAACUCAAGGACCGCGUGGCUACCCUCAAACAAUCCCCGGCUGUCUCCCAUCCUACCAUCGAAAAGGUUGCUCAAGACGAGGCCGACUUUCUCAACCUCCUUGCCCAAAAGAAGGGUCUGGAUGCCGAAGUCGGCCAGUUCUCGGCUCUCCCCGACGAUGUCGCAACAGCCCGGGCUGAGUUAGAACAUCUUCGCGCAGAAGUACGGGCCGUUGCGCAGCACCGCGAUGCCAUAUUCGAAGGUCUCGUUGAACGCGAAAGUCCCCGCAAAGGCCGUUGA